AUGAACGAGCCCCACGACCAGGACACUAAUGUCCUGGCCAAGACUAUCCAGGCGGCUGUCAAUGCCAUCCGUGAGGCUGGUGCCACCUCGCAGACCAUCAUCAUCCCCGGUAACUCGUGGGACAACGCCAAGGUCUGGGCUUCGGGCGCCAACGCUCCCAUCCUCCAGGUUACCGACCCCGCUGGAGGUGUCGACAAGCUCCUCCUCGACGUCCACAAGUACAUUGACGGUGACGGCUCUGGUACCUCGCACGAGUGCACCAACAACGGUCUCGACAUGCUCGAGCCUCUCGUUGCUUACCUCAAGCAGCAGGGUCGCCGUGCCAUCGUCACUGAGAUUGGUGGUGCCGUUACCUCUUCGUGCCUCAACUACCUCCCCCAGACCAUGAAGUACAUUGCCGAGAACGAGGAGCAGAUUGUCGGCUUCACCGCCUGGUCGGCCGGUAGCUUCCAGCCCUACCCCAACUACGAGCUCUCGCUCACCCCCAACGCCGACGGCAGCGACAACGAGAUCUUCCUCAAGGCCAUCAAGCCCUUCCUGCCCGGCGCUAACGCUGCUCCCAUUAAGACUACUGCCGCCUCGUCCACUGCUCCUGCCAAGACCUCCACCGUUGUUCAGUCCUCCGCUGCUGCCCAGUCCUCUGCCGCCGUCCAGUCCUCUGCCGCUCCCGUCGAGACUGUUGCCCCCGUUGAGUCUGCCGCUCCCAUCGAGUCUGCCGCUCCUGUCCAGUCGUCCGCUUCUGCCCCUGCCGUCUCGCCUGCUGCUUCGUCUGCCUACUCUCAGGCUCCGUCCAGCCAGGUCCUUGAGACCCAGCCCGUCCCCUCGUCCACUGCUGCUGCCACCCCCGCCUCGUCCUCUGCCUACCCCCAAGCUCCCUCGAGCAAGGUGACCGAGACCCAGCCUGCUCCCACCUCGGCCGCUCCCGCUACUUCGUCCGCCGCCGCCGUUGAGGGCAACCUGCAGACCUUCACCGAGGCUCUUGGCGGCAUCACCGCUCCCCCCGUCACUGCCGAGGGCAUGUUCUACCGCCAGUCUGGCCAGCGCUACAACUUCCUCAUCGACGCCUUGAACCAGUCGUGCUACGUUCAGAUGGACAAGUGUCAGCUCGCCGCUAACAAGGGCGGCAACAAGGCUCCUCUUACCGUCGAGAACUGCAAUGGUGCCCAGAUCCAGGCGUGCCUCAAGGCUGCCCAGGCUGCGGCCCACUAA